CACACUAACACAAGCCAACGUCACUGCUGCCCUGCUACUGUAUCAGUCCAGUCUGUAGACUCCAUAGAUAAAAACCACACUUCAAGACAGGCAAACCUGAAGAGAAUGGGGAACAGUAAGAGCAUUGAAUUUUGUCCAAAACAUGGGCAUCACUGUCUGGGGCCCCUGUUCUUCCAUAAAGGGGUAUUGGGGACCCAGGUGUGUCUGAGUCUGGGAGGUAGGCGUGUGGAGAGGAACAGGGAGACCUUCCAGAAUGGUCUGACCUUCAGCUGUCGUCCAGUCAGGGUCCAGGAGAAGAUACAUCUGCGGGUGGAGCUUUGUGACCAGCACUGGAAUGGAGCUUUGCGGGUGGGAUUCACCUCCACACCCCCCUCCUCCUGUGGGCCACUCUUCCCCCCUGCCAUGGCCAUCCCUGACCUCACCACCACCGACCGGUACUGGGCAUCCCCCGUGCCCUCCAGCCUCAACAUGCCAGGGGCAGAGCUCCGCUUCUGGGUAACCCCUAAAGGGGUGCUGGUGUACGAGGGGCCAAAUCGUGUGAGGUACCUGCUCCUGAAGGGGGUGGAUGUGAGAAGCCCCCUCUGGGCUAUUAUAGAUGUCUACGGGCAGACCAGAGCUGUGCUCUUAUUGGGAUCAAAACAAAAAGGAUGCAAUACACGGUCCUGCCCUGUCCCUCCUCCUCCCCCUGUGUCUUAUGAGGACAGCUGCAUGUGUGUGAACAAGGGUCAUCCCAGUUGCACCCCUCGGGGCAUCCACCUCCCCACUGACCCUAUCACUACCACACAGAUGGACUCCUCUGCAGAGCGGGACUUGGUUGAAGAUUGCGCUGUGUGUCUAUCCUUGAGAGCUUCUGUUGUCCUAUCCUGUGGGCACCGCUGCCUGUGCCAACGCUGCGCAGUGCGCGUCACCGCCGAGUUCGGAAUCUGCCCGCUGUGUCGCCAGUCAAUCAGAUAGCGAGGACAGGUGGAAAGAAAGUUGACUGACAAAAAUUGAAAGCACAUUUUCUAUACCAGGUCAAAUCGCACAUCAUUAGUUCAUUGUUAAGGAUGUGCCAAAUAAAUGUCACUAGAAAACACCUUAGACAAAUGCAGUUACUUUGUUGUUACUCUGGCUGCACUGUUUGACGUGACCUUAAGUUAGCCAUAGUUGGCUAGCUAGCAAGCAAGGGAUAAGAACGUUGCCAGCCAGUAUGGCAGUAGAACAUUUAGAUAGAACGACUGGGUCGCGUCCAUAGAUACUGAACAAAAAUACUUAAUGACUGGGUCACGUCUCUGGCAACGAACCGAUAGAAAGAAUGACCUGCCGCCUUGGGUAGCAACCCUAGGUUUGUGUCGGGACUAUAUGUUUCGGGGCAAUAUGUUGUGGAAGGAUGAAAUAGUAUGAAUAAAUUCAUAAAAAUAACAUU